AUGACACAUUUGGGUAUUGAUCCAUCGUCACAGAGUAAUAUAUUUAAGAUUUUAUCAGGUCUUUUGCAUCUGGGGAAUGUCGCUUUCUGUGAUUCUCUGGAUGAAAGCCAGCCAUGUGAAGUUUUAAGCAAUGCAAAAGUAUUCCUUUAUUCCACUUCAAAUUUGAUGAAGAUUCCUGCUGAGCACCUGCUGGACAGGCUCUGCUUCCGUACUAUAAUAGCAGGAAAACAGCAAGCAUUAAGGAAACCAUGCAAGAAGGCUGAGUGUGAUUCACGAAGGGAUUGUCUAGCCAAAUCUAUCUAUGCCAGAUUAUUUGACUGGCUGGUGACUGUAAUUAACACA